UUGUACGAGUUUAAUGUGAAUGCGAGUAAGAAUGUCACCUCCAUCAGGUCAACCCAUUUUCGUGUACACAGUGUCAUUUUUGUCUGCCAUCGGUGGUUUCCUCUUUGGCUAUGACACUGGUAUUGUUUCUGGUGCCAUGGUUUUGAUUAAAAAGCAGUUGGAUCUGAACGACAUUUGGCAAGAACUGAUUAUCAGCAUAACUCUAGUAUUUGCUUGGAUAUUUAGUACAAUUGUUGGAUACUUUACUGAUCGUCUUGGCCGUCGACCAGUCAUUCUGUUUGCUUCAACUGUAUUUACUCUAGGCUCAGUAGUUAUGGCCAUCGCAAUGGGCAAGUGGACUUUGCUCAUUGGUCGAGCAAUCGUUGGUGUUGGCAUUGGACUAUCAUCCAUGGUCAUUCCCAUGUAUGUAGCUGAAGUGGCUCCUAGUAGCAUUCGUGGAUCUCUCGUCACAAUCAACACUUGCUUCAUCACCGGCGGACAGUUCAUUGCUUCUGUAACUGCUGGUUUCUUGAGUUAUUUAGAUCAUGAUCUUGCUUGGAGGUUAAUGUUGGGUAUUGCCGGUAUUCCUGCGUUUCUCCAAUUCAUUGGAUUCUUCUUCAUGCCUGAAUCACCUCGUUGGUUGGUCAAGAAAGGCAAAGACGAGCAAGCUAAAGCCAUUUUAUGCCGAAUUCGUAGUUGCGAGAGAGCAGCUCAACUGGAAUAUGAAAUGAUCAAAGACAGUUGCAUUGCCGAAGAAGAGUCAAAUGUUGAAACUAACAAUGCUAGUGUUUUAUCAAAAGUAUUUGCAUCUCAACCGUUGAGACGUGCUCUAUUGGUUGGAUGUGCACUACAAGCUGUUGCUCAAUUAUCUGGAAUCAACACUGUUAUGUAUUAUAGUGCGACAAUCAUUCAAAUGUCCGGUGUUUACGAAGAAACAUUGGCCAUUUGGUUAGCCGCUGCUGUGGCUUCUGUAAAUUUCCUUUGUACAUUUAUUGGAUUCUAUCUGGUUGAAAGAACUGGUCGACGUAAGCUAACUCUUGGAUCACUUUCUGGUGUAAUACUUAGUUUAGCCGUUCUUGCCGCUGGCUUUCAAUUGACUGAACGUGAAUCUCCCGCCAUUCAUCCUGAACCUUUAAAUUCAUCAUUACCAUUUUCAUUCUCUGCUGAUAUGGACAUUUGCUCAAUUCAAACAUCAUGUCGUAGCUGCAUCGCCCGACCUGAAUGUGGAUUUUGUUUCUCUGAUUAUCCUCCAUGGGAAAAUGGAUCGUGUCUCUUAACCGCAAGAACGCCUCAAUCAGAAUGGGAUGAAAGUAAAUCUCAAUAUGGAACUUGUUCCAAUGGAACAAUUGUGCCUAAAAAAUUAGUUUGGGCUUACGAUUGGUGUCCAUCUAAAUAUGCUUGGCUGACAAUAAUGGGUUUAUGUCUUUACUUAUUCUUCUUUGCACCCGGAAUGGGUCCCAUGCCAUGGACUAUCAAUGCUGAAAUCUAUCCAUUCUGGGCUCGUGGUACUUGCUAUUCAAUAUCCACUUCAGCCAAUUGGGCUUUCAAUCUACUCGUUUCAUUGACAUUCCUUUCCUUGACUAAGGCCAUCACAAAAUACGGAGCUUUCUGGCUUUACUGUGGCUUUGCCAUUGUUGGUUGGAUAUUCUUCUUUUUCGAGUUACCUGAAACUCGGGGAAUGUCACUUGAAAAUGUCGAAGAAUUGUUCGACAAAUCGAAGAACAAAAGCAAAUCAAAGAAACAACCAGUCUCAGCUUCUAGUGUAACAAUAAACAGCAAAACACCGAUAGUGAAACACUGAAGAGGCCAUAAAAUAACUUCAAGCAACUCGUUGUGAGGAUCAUAUGAGAUCGAUGGAUGCAAUUUUUAUUUUUGUUUUUUAAACAUAAAUUUUUAACAUGUAAAAAAAGAACGACGAUAAGUUGUUGAACUUUUACCAUCAUUACUAUUCCAAUUUAAACAUAGUUUGUGUAUUUUAAUUGUCAAAUAUUGUAAAAAUUCAAAUUGUAUAAUUAAUCUAGUUUAUUAAUUUUCUUUAAAUGUAAAUGCAAUGCAUUUCAGUUAAAAUUUAAUUGUAAAAACCAAUUAAGAGUUGGUGAUCAAUGAAGUAUUUCUUCUAAUUUCAGUUUUAUGCCCUUUAAUUCAAAAACGAACCCAAAGCGAUCUUGUUGAAGCCAAUGUCUCUGUGAUUUCAAACUUCCAAGCUUCUACAAAUAAAUCUAACUUA